AGUACGAAAAAGGUCAAUUAACUGAUCAUGAAUUACAAAUUAAAUGGACUUUUGAGAAAUUAAAACUAUGCAUUAAGUACCUGUUGUUAAUACACAAUCAACUCCAGAGAGAAUAUCUUCAGAAGUACCACUCCCUUAGUUCUUUUAGAAGGGCAACUUUAAUUUGUGUGCUCAUUUUUCUUCUAAACUAUUUCUUUUGCACUGCUGGGAAAUCUUGUCGGACAGAUUGAAUCUUCUCUGAUAUACAAUAAAAUAGCGUGUGGUCCUGUUAGAUGUAUGCUGGAAGAAAAAGUUGCAUCCAAUAAUUAUGAUAAGAGCUACUUCUAACAAUAGGUACUGUACCUCUUUAAAAGAAGUGAGAAGGGAAGAGCUUCUGUUUUUGGAAGAGCUGUGCCCCUGAAAAAGAUGUAGAACUGUGCUGAAUAUUCAUGAUGGGUUUGAGUACCUGUUCACUGUAUACAGAAGCUAAAUAAUAGAUUAAGUAGACUGUUUCCUUGCUUUCAUUCUGAAAACCUUGAAUGAUGUAUGUGGCACUAGUGUAUUGUACUAUCGUGUAUUUUCUGAGAUUUGGUUGGCAUGAUUGAAGCAUUCUAGUUAAUUAGACUGUUUUUUUCAAGUACAGAAGAGCUGUGAAAUUGUAGCUGUUUCUUAGAUGGUAGCUCUACAUAAGCCACCAAAUAUAAAUUAUGCACAGAUCCAUUCUGUCUUAAAUAUUGGAUAAGCUUUUUAUUACUUUUACGUCAGUGGUAGGCUUUCAAAGUUUUUUCCUGUAUUCCACAUAACAUUCUGUGGUUAAUUUUUUUCUGGUUGUUGUUGUAAGUUGUUCUGGUGACUUGUCAUCUCCAUGUGACUAAAAUGUGGCUGAGAUGUCUGGCCUUCCUUCAAACAAUAUUCUAGAAUCAAGAAAACUAUUGAGAAAUCUGUGUUAAGAGAAUACAUCUUUUCUGGUUUUGGUGCCUUGUUAUGCUAUUUAUUACCACAUCACUUUUGAAGAUGCUUUGGAAUUAAAGCUAAUGCUUAAUUUCUGGUAAUGUUAUUUUGAAAGCUGAAUAUUUUGAAGGAUUUGCAAUAUAAUAAGCAUCUAUCCUAAUUACUGAGAUCAAACAAAGAUAGAAAUAUGAUGGCUGCACCAUCAACAUACAACUAAGAUGCCUCAGGUCAAUUUUAUUGGUGGAUAGAGAAGGAUGAUGGCAGGCAAUAACCAGCUUUGCAUUCGACGUUGGACUACCAAGAACGUGGCCAAGUGGCUGAAGGAAGAAGGCUUCUGUGAAUAUGUGGAUGUUUUGUGCAAUAGACACAGGCUAGAUGGAAUUACACUGCUGACACUUACUGAGUAUGAUUUACGAUCCCCUCCUUUGGAAAUCAAAGUCCUGGGAGAUAUCAAAAGGCUAAUGUUGUCCAUACGCAAACUACAGAAGCAACAUAUUGAUGUCCUAGAAGAGCUGGGUUACAACAGUGAUAGUCAUGUUGGCACAGCAUGCCCAAGUGUUGGUUCACUACAGGGUACAGAUUGGUUUUGUAAUGGUGAAGUACCUCGGGACUAUGAUGGACCAAUUACUGACCUGAAUGGUGAUCAGUACCAAUAUGCAAAUGGCAAAAACAAACACUCUACUCGAAGACUGGACCCAGAGUAUUGGAAGACGGUUUUAAGUUGUGUGUAUGUCUUCAUAGUAUUUGGCUUUACAUCGUUCGUUAUGGUUAUCGUACAUGAGCGAGUACCUGACAUGCAAACAUAUCCACCUCUACCAGACAUAUUUCUAGAUAGCGUCCCUAGGAUACCAUGGGCUUUUGCUAUGACUGAAGUAUGUGGUGUAAUUCUUUGCUACAUUUGGCUGUUGGUUCUUCUGCUUCACAAACACAGAUCUAUACUUCUGCGAAGGCUGUGCAGUCUCAUGGGGACAGUAUUCUUAUUGCGUUGCGUUACAAUGUUUGUUACCUCACUCUCUGUGCCAGGCCAGCACUUGCAGUGUACUGGAAAGUUGUAUGGCAAUGUUUGGGCAAAACUCCAGCGGGCCUUUGCAAUCUGGAGUGGCUUUGGAAUGACUCUGACUGGAGUACAUACGUGUGGAGAUUAUAUGUUCAGUGGCCACACUGUUGUCCUGACCAUGCUCAACUUCUUUGUCACAGAAUAUACGCCAAGGAGCUGGAACUUCUUGCACACCUUGUCCUGGGUCCUGAAUCUCUUUGGAAUCUUCUUCAUUUUGGCUGCACAUGAACAUUAUUCUAUAGAUGUCUUCAUUGCCUUUUACAUCACUACAAGACUCUUUUUGUAUUACCAUACGUUGGCUAAUACUAGAGCAUAUCAGCAGAGUAGGAGAGCAAGGAUCUGGUUUCCAAUGUUCUCUUUUUUUGAAUGCAAUGUUAAUGGUACUGUUCCCAAUGAGUAUUGCUGGCCCUUUUCAAAACCUACUAUACUGAAAAGAUUGAUUGGCUGAAGAGUGUGGGUCAAUUCAGAUUUUUAUGAAUCAUUAUGACUAAGAUCCUACAAGGCUAGCUGAAGAGGGGAUGUAAAGUAACGCUUUUCACUCCAUGAUCAUCUCCUCCUUGUCUUGUUUCUUAGAUUCUUAGCCAUAAAAUGGGGUUCCCAUACUUCAUGGGGAUGUGUUUUGUUUUCUUGUUGCUAAAAUAGAAAACAGUGCAGGGACCGGUAAAGGCUAUCAGUGAACCAUGAAUAUAAACCAGAAUAAUGUUACCCUUAGUAAAGGUCUAUGUGAAUGUUUAUGUAACUUUAACCUCAAAUACGUGCUUGUACUGAAUAUAAUAUACACUUUACAGGUCCAAAUAAUCUCUGUUACCUGACAUGCCAGCCUUUACAUAUACUGACUAAAAAAUUAGAACUUUAUGAAGACUUUCUUUUACAACAGUCAUAAAUGUAAUUUUCAGAACAAAUUCUGUGUAUACUUAAAGAUUGAGGAGUACUGUGUCAUACUGAAGAAAGCAGUAUAGUUCCUUGCUAAAAGGGUCUCUUAACUGUUAAAUAUCAAGUCUUAAAGUAUAAUUGACAGUAUAAAUGGUCUGCACACAGGUUGCCAAAAAUGGAAGUCUGCCUUGUGGCUAUGCGGUGAUGAUGUUUUUUUUAAUGAGAGCUUAUUUAGUCUAGUCUAUCAGUUGUCUAUAUGGUUGUUCUAGCACUUGGAAGUUUUCCCUUUUGUGUUUAAAUAAAUGAGUUAAAGUAAAUGCUACAUCCACUGAAAGUAAAGUUAAUUUAGCUUUAGUGAGUUUAAAGCCACAAAAUAACUUUUGUAUGGUUUUAAUUGCUUUAUACCCAAACCUGUGCAUGUUUUUUAGGAGCAGCUCUUUAACAUUGGAAAAACAGAACAGUUAUCUUCAUAUAAUCUUACUGUCCCAUAAAUGGAUGGGGAAAAUGCAUGUAGUAACUCUUUCAGGAAAAGUAAUAAUAGUGAGUAUUGGAAAUAGUGCUCAUAUUGAUGUAUGUUUUAGCACUCCGGUGUCAACAAUAUGGUGAGUAUCUCUGGAUAUAUAUACACAGUAUAUUUGUUUAUAUAUAUAUAAACACACAGAGUAUAUGUUCUUCUAACAAGUAUGAAAAGAGACUAGUUCUUAAAUUAAGUUGCUCAUUUACUACACUGAAAGAUAAAAGUACCAUAAGCAGUUGAGUUUUGGUUGUUUAAAAGAAAAAAACAACACACAACAAAACACCCCCAAAACCCCAAACCAACACUUUGAGUCCAUAAUGCAUAAGCAAGGGUCACACAGUUGGCGAUCUCUUACGCAGUGGUUUGUAAGGGGACAAUACUACUGUUGGCUGUAGAGACUUGAAAUUAGCUUUAUGCUAAAUGAAAACUGAUAGGUAAAAGGUGCAAAUCAUAAAAAUGGUAUAGACCUUUUAAUUUGGUUAAUGCAAUUUCAGAACAGGUGGUAUGUGCAAAAGCUAGCGUAAGUCAGCCUUGGAAAGUUAACACGAAGCAUUUCCAGCUUGGUACAAGCUGACUUAAUGGUCACAAUGUACUUAGGUUUGCAUGGAAAAGAAUCCCUUUGGAAUUUUGCAAGACAGUUUUGUAUUUGGAGGCUUGUAACCUACUGUGGGCUAGUCCUCACUGUAUUGUGUUCUUUUUAUAAACCUGGAUUGUACUAACUUGACUAUCUCUUCGCCCUUCGUAGUAUAUUACUUUUGUAACUUCAUUUAGCUCCUAUUCCAUGGAGGAAUUGUGCAUCUUAGAGUAUCUCUGCCAACUGUAUUGAGCACACACAUAUUGUACGAUUCUGCAGACUUUUCUAUUUGUAACAUUCCAAUUUUUUAGCAAAAUUGCAGGUUUAAUACUAUAUUGUUCAGUCUGCCAUAGCCUGAUGGUUCUUGCCAUCCAAAUUGGGGGAGUAUGCUUACACUUAAGAAAAAGGGAAAAAUAUUCUGAAAGAUUUAAAGACUUUUCAUUUGCUGUUCUUACCUUUUGGAUUUCAGAAAGGCAAUUUGAACAUUCCUCUUGAGACUUUAUAAUCAAAGAGCUCUAUUUGUUAAUUUAUAUUUGCCUUUGCAAUGCACACACAGUUAUGAAUGCUAUUCUUUUAAACACUAGAAAACAUCUCUUCUCAGGAUGUGCAGGAUUGUAUUCUGAGUUAUAAUGUGGAGAGGUAUGCAAUUAAACUUGCAAAGCUGUUGAUUCUGAAAAGAACCAUGUCACUGCUAACUGUCAUAGCUGUGUCUAAACCGAAAAAUUAUUUUGCAACUUAGACCUGCAGGAGAAUUUUCAAGUACAGCCUAGUGUAACAAUGUUUACAUAAAGUAAAGCUAUCAUUUCAAUACUAUUUUUUUAACAAAUGAAGUUCAUAUACUUUGAAACAUAAAGCUUCUCUCUUUGUUCUUAUUUAAUUUUUUCAAAUUCUGUUAAGUAAAUCCAUGGUUUAAAUCAGCAUUGCUUAUCAGUGUUUUUUUAAAGAAAACGUUCUUUUGUGCUGUUUCCCUUGAUGCUAAAUACCUGAGUCCAAGAUAAGUAAUAUACAGAGGUUGGGUUUGUGAGCAUUGAAGUGGGUUAAAACAUUGUCAGGAUAAUUGUCCUCCUCUAUUUUGGAAGUUCAUUUUGUCUGUCUAUAAACAUGCAAGAGGAAGGCUUGAAAAUGAUAGAAGAUAGAAAAAUUGAUGUCACAUGAAAAAGAGCACAGGUCAAUCUGUAAAGUUGGUAACGUAACUUUAUUGUUAAUUAGGUGGAAACAAGUUGCGAGUAAGUGACAGGCUUAAAAUUCUGUACCUCCUUUUUAAAGAGUCAGUGUUUUAAAAGCAUUUUGCUGCUUCUCUGCUAUUGACAAGCACUUUUAAGUAAAGGCAGCAGAGCAUCGGGCCUUGGAUUUAAUGCUAAGUCUGUUUACGGUUGUCCUUCUCUCUUAUGUUCAUGCACCAGUCUUUUUGCUGUCCUUUAACUUGCUGCACUUAUUUUGUGCCAAGUCAUCUUCUGUGGUCCAUGGGAAUGCACGCGUAAUCUGAAUUCAGAGUAAUGAAUGAAUGACUGUUAUGUCAGCAAGUACAAGUGUCUAACAACAUUAGUCUACUACUACAAAGUGCACAAACUAAUAAAGUAGGAAAGUCUUAACUGAAUAACUCUGGAUAUACAAAAGAAGGGGAAGGAAGGUCACAUUUUUUUGGUAGCUUAGCAAUUCUAGUAAUAUUUGAGACUUGACAAUGGUCUUGAGCUCUUCCUUACUAUUAUCAGUUUGGGGAUAUGUAUGCACGUAUGUGCAAGUGAUAGACACAUAGGCAUUCCCCUCUUUUUUUUCUUCCUUUCUUUUUGUUUUUUGUUGGUUUUUUUGUUUGGUUGUUGUUGUUGUACCUUAUGACAUAGCUUCUUAUAAUAGCUUUCCUAAACUUUUUGCCUUUAGUCUUUCCUUUCUGGAAGAUCCCUUAAACUAGUGUGUUUAUGACAUUACACCUGCAUACGGAAAUCAAACUUUCAUAGAUGUGGGGGGUUUUUAGCAAGUUCUGAUUACACUGACAAAAACUUAGGGAAGGAUCUUUAAGCAAGAUUCCUCCAGCUGUUCUUGAAUAAUGAUAGAGAAAGCUUCCAUAUAUGCAAAUUAUCUUCAUGUACUCUGGCAAACAAGAUAACACUUAUACAAAGUGUUGGUACAGAAAUGUAGAUAGGCCUGAAGUAUUUAAAUGUCCGAGACUAGCAAGAAAUGGAUCCUCUAAGUAUACUAAUUGUGAUGAAGCAAAUGAUGUGCUUAAAUUUUAAGCAAAUCACUAAAUCCUCUUCACUUCAGUGAGGGGUUACCAUUUUAGUUGAAGCAUUUUCUGGGAUAAGGCCAAGUGCAUGCUGUGCGUGGUAUACUGAUACAGUAAUGAGAACGGGUAAUGUCACUUCGUUUUUGGUUUUCCCUGAUAUCUGCCGCCCCCCCCAGCUACUACAGAAGGAAACAUUCCAGUAGAAUUUUAAAGAAAUUACUACUUAACUGGGUUCUGAGAGAAAAAAUCAGUACAAAAAAUGCAUUGAAAUAAAACCUUAAUACUUACCUGCUUUAAGAAGCAAGAGUCAGUUAAAUGAUUUGAAGAAAAAAAAAGUUAUUUUUUGAUGGCAAUCAUGUUAAGUAAGGUUAUUUAGAAGUAUUGAAACCCUUCAAUGAGGAUAAAAGCACAGGUUCCUAUAAUCUUCUUUUCUGUACGGCUGUGUGUCAUGUAGUGCCAAAAAGAUUAUUGAAGGGAAAGAGGGAAGGGUUGAACUCAGACCAACAGUUAAUAUCUUCUUGGGUUUUUUAAGCAGUGCUUGCAUACAUAGUGCUACACUUGUUCAUUACUAUUUAGCUAGUUUUUUGAUGUAUGAAAGUCCGCUAGGUUUUCAAGCACCAAAACUACUGUGGAGCGGAGUCUUAAUCAUUAAAUACGCAUUUGAAGAAAUAGCAGAUGUCUUAAGAAAAAAAAAAAGUAGGCUUGUGAACCUGGAGUAGAACAACAGUAACCUAUAACAACUAUGAUAGUUUUUCAUCCUGUCCAGGUAGUUUCUACUGAAGAGUUGGGGAGGAUUUGCAGUAAUCUACAUACAAUACUGAUUUUUUUCUGCAUUUUUUUGAAUAAUCUAGGAUACUGUUAUAGAAAAUUGACCUGUAACUACAAAAACCAUCGUAGUCUUGUCAAGAUGGAAUUGUAUUUGGCAGAAGUCCUAGCAGUGAGCCAGCUUACCCUCUGAAUUGUUUUGUGCUUGUAGACUUUUAUCAGUCAAGGGUUAAUUGGUAGACCACUGAUGAUUCAUACAGAUUGCUAUUUCUGAUGUAUCUUUGACAUUGUCACUAUUCUAAUUGAAAUAGUAUAUUGGGGAGGGGGGCAGUCCUUUGGAGUGAACCUACUGAUGUCGUCUUCAUUAUAUGAAGAAAAAUGUGAAAAAAAAAAAAAACCCUUCACAACACCUCAAACACCAUAAUAUUAUGAACACUGAAGUUUCUGUAUAGCAGUGUCCUGCAUACUUACGAUUUGUAUUUAAGACAUUUGCAGUGAGUAUUAUGUACAUAAUUGUGACAUGCACAUUUUUAAAGCCAGUUUGUAGUAGGUGUGUAAGAACUCAAGAUGAUGAAUGUGGAGCACAAUAACCUGACCUGUUAGCCCAGUGACUGUAGUUAGAAAGACUGUAACUUAGUUUUGCUCUUUCAAUUCAGUUUUGUCAAAUAUGAGAAAUUUGUCAAAUGUGAGAAACCACAAACUGCAUUGUACAUGGUACUUAACAUAAUAGGGAUGUAGAAACAUGGCUUUUCACACUGGACAUUACUUCAGUUUGGUUCUGACAGAGAAAAUAGUAUUACCUAAUGGCUAGAAGGUAUGCCAGUGAAGUUUGAAGUGAGUACUGUAAAUAAGUAAAUAUUGUUUUGAUUCUAAACUUAGAUUGAAUUAAUAUAUUGUUUUAUAUCUUUGUUGUAUUAAAACAUAUUUAAAAGUACUAAAAUAAAAUAUUUGAAAGAUGACAAA